AAGAAAGAAAUUUAGGUUACGUAAAUUGGCCAUAAUGAGACGUGAAGCAGAAGGGAGGGUUCACAGUACGUCGAUUUAACGAUUUGAUCUGAAUUACGCGCCACGUAUAAAACCAGAAUCGCCCUGCCGCCUCGACGUGACGCAAGGAAACCCAACUGAACGGAACAGAGAGAGAGAGAAAAUAUUUUCUCGCUCCGUUUCUGCGGAGAGAUUUUCCGUCCGGCAUCACCACAAGUGUCUCUUUACAGAUGCCAGCUGAAAAUUCAAUUCCAUUUGAUCGAGAUGCAGAGCCUUUUGUUGAGGUGGAUCCAACUGGAAGGUUUGGACGAUAUGAUGAUCUUCUGGGGUCUGGAGCAGUGAAGAAGGUUUAUAGGGCAUUUGAUCAGGAGGAAGGUAUAGAGGUUGCUUGGAAUCAGGUUCGCUUGAGAAACUUCAGUGGGGAUCAAGUGCUCAUCAACCGGCUGAGAUCUGAGGUUCAGCUGCUGAGCACGUUGAACAACAAAUAUAUCAUUGUUUGUUACAGUGUUUGGAAUGAUGAUGAGCGUAACACGUUGAAUUUCAUUACCGAGGUGUGCACAUCAGGAAACCUGAGGGAUUAUCGUAAGAAACAUCGACAUGUGUCAAUUAAGGCCUUGAAGAAGUGGUCAAAGCAGGUACUCGAGGGAUUGGAUUAUCUUCAUACUCAUGAGCCUUGCAUUAUUCACAGAGAUCUCAAUUGUAGUAACAUAUUUGUCAAUGGGAACAUUGGCCAGGUUAAAAUAGGCGAUCUAGGUUUUGCAGCUAUAGUUGGCAGGAGCCACGCUGCACAUUCAAUCAUAGGCACACCAGAGUAUAUGGCACCAGAGCUGUAUGAGGAAGAUUACACGGAGAUGGUGGAUAUAUACUCCUUCGGGAUGUGUUUGCUCGAGAUGGUUACAAUGGAGAUACCGUACAGUGAAUGUGACAGCGUUGCCAAGAUAUACAAGAAGGUGACGACCGGAAUAAAGCCCCAAGCAUUAAACAAAGUGACUGAUGAUGAAGUCAAAGCUUUCAUUGAUAAGUGCAUUGCACAACCAAGGGCAAGACCUUCCGCCUCUGAACUUCUCAAGGAUCCCUUCUUCGACGAAGUCAGGGAUGAAGACUCUGAACAGACUUAUUAGAGGGGAAGCAUGUUUUCUAGCCAGCAGCAAUUAACAGUGUUUCCUCUACCUCUGCUACUACUGACUGAUGAUGAGCAAGAAAAGUAUAUGGUUCUCUCUUUUACCUACUGCACUACAGUUUUCGCCAUUUCUGUACUUGGAUUCUGAUCGCUAGAUUUCUAGUCAAUGACUUGAUGUCUAUGCAAUGAAAUCUUCUAUUUUCACUUGGA